AUGUGCUGGAGAUCUAUGAGUGCAGUGAUAGGAUAUAGGAAAUCUGCAGAAGAUGAUUUACAACUUGAACUUGUGUCUGAACAAGAUAACCAAGAUAUUCAUGACUAUGAAGAACUGGUUCAUAAAAUGCAUCUCCUUCCAGAUGCUGGACAUCAAGUAGCUAUUCUACAGCCUUUUGUGAAAUGGGGACCCAAGAAAAAUCUGCUAACAACUCCAGACCUCAUGCUGGAAGAAGCUAAAGCCCUUGUUGACUCUCUUCCAAACUGGAAAUGUGUUGAUGCAAUAAAAGUUCCAGUAGAAUCCCUUGAAAAGAAAACUAUUUUUGGUAGUGGACAGUUUGAAAGUCUUCAGAAAAAUAUUGUGGCCAAUCCCAAUAUAUCUGCGGUUUUUGUUAGUACUAACGUUCUCCGGGGUAUUCAGCGUAGGGAGCUGAUGAUGGCUUUCGGAGUUCCAGUCUUUGAUCGAUAUUCAGUGGUAUUGCAAAUCUUCAAAGAUAGAGCCAGAACAAGGGAAGCGAAACUACAAGUGGCUUUUGCCGAAAUUCCAUACCUGAGGUCAUCUUUAGUAGGUCUUCAAAAAGGAACAAAAAAUAACUUACCAGUUGAAAAUACAAGUAGAGGCUCCAAAGGAGGGAGUGGUGAAUCUUUUUGUGAUUCACAACUUCAUUUACUUGAUAGAAGAGAAAUAAAAAUUAAAAAAGAGCUGGAAAAAUUGGCAAAGAAACGAACUCUUCUGAAAUGUGAAAGAAAGAAGAGAGAAUUUCCGGUGGUCGCGAUAGUGGGGUAUACUAAUUGUGGGAAAACAACUUUGAUAAAGUCUUUAACUGGUGAUUCAAAAAUUACGCCGCGGGAUGCACUUUUUGCUACAUUAGAUGUAACCGUUCAUGGUAUGAAGUUACCGUGCAAUUUAACCGUGUUGCUGGUAGAUACAGUGGGAUUUAUUUCUAAUAUACCAGUAAAUUUGAUUGCUGCCUUCAACUCAACUCUUCGUGACGCUAUUGACGCAGAUUUAUUAGUACAUCUACAAGACAUAAGCCACCCCGACGUAGAAAACCAAGUUGCAACUGUGAAAGAUACACUCGAACAACUGAAUAUCGAUUCAACCAAAACCGUUAUUCAGGUGGCUAACAAAAUCGACAAAAUGUCUUCUGAGUUAGACGAUUAUUCCGACUUGCAUAUUAGUGCUAAAGAUGGAACUGGUUUGGAAGAGUUGGUGGAUUUAAUUCAAACCAAAGUACUAGAAAUUACUAAUCGUCGGUAUCUUAGACUUAUGGUGCUCAGCGGAGGAACCGAAUAUAGUUGGUUACACAAGGAAGCUACCGUCGUUAAGUAUUCCACUACUAAAGAUCCACAAUACUUGGCGUUAGAUGUUUUAGUUACUCCCUCUACUUUCGGAAAAUUAAGAUCAAAUUUCCCUGAUAUAAGAGUGUUGAAUAAACAAUGAACAAAUGG